AUGAUACCUCAGAAAAGGAAAAAAAGACAAAAGCCUGGUAAGAUUAGGGAAUUGUUGGUCACAUUAGUGGAAAACACAAAGAAGAAGAGUGGAAAUUUUCAGGGGGAGACUUGGGCGACGUUGACGAUCCGCAUUGCGGUAAAAAACGGCCAUCACAAUAUAAUGGAGGCCGUCAUCACUAUAAACACCGAUGCACUACAACCCCGAAAUAUACUAAGAAUGCCUUUCGAAAAGGUCUCCCUAAGACACUGGAGAAAAUUUCUUGUCGAAAUAUCACUCACCAUUGUAGAUUAA